ACACCUUCCCAUCCCUCCCUCCUCCCUGCCCCCUGGCUCCUGUCUCUGUCACUCACAGGGCAGGGCCGGGCUGGGGCAGCCAUGGCAGCCACGUUAAUCUGGAUUCCUCUCCUUCUAGUUCUCCUGGCAGGGCUGGUGGGCACCGAGGCCCAGGAGACCACCCUGCACCCACUUGUGGGCCGCGUCUUUGUACACACCCUGGACCAUGAAGCCUUCCUGCACCUUGCUGAGCAUGUCGCUGUCCCACCUUCUGUCCCUGUCACCUACCAUGCCCACCUCCAGGGACACCCAGACCUGCCCCGGUGGCUCCGCUACACCCAGCGAAGCCCCCAUCACCCUGGCUUCCUCUAUGGCACCGCCACCCCAGAAGAUCGUGGACGCCAGGUCAUCGAGGUCACAGUCUACAAUCGGGACAGCUUCGACACCACCCGGCAGAGUCUGGUGCUAUUGAUUGGGGAUCCAGAAGGCCCCCUGCUGCCAUACCAGGCUGAGUUCCUGGUGCGCAGCCAUGAUGUGGAGGAGGUGCUGCCCUCAACACCUGCCAGCCAUUUCCUCACAGCCCUGGGAGGGCUCUGGGAGCCUGGGGAGCUCCAGCUGCUCAACAUCACCUCUGCCUUGGACCGUGGGGGCCGAGUUCCCCUUCCAAUUGAGGGCCGCAAAGAAGGGGUGUACAUCAAGGUGGGCUCUGCCUCACCCUUCUCCACCUGCCUGAAGAUGGUGGCAUCCCCUGACAGCCACGCUCGCUGUGCCCAGGGCCAGCCUCCUCUUCUGUCCUGCUAUGACACCUUGGCACCUCACUUCCGCGUUGACUGGUGCAAUGUGUCCCUGGUGGAUAAAUCAGUUCCAGAGCCUGUAGAUGAGGUACCCACUCCAGGCGAUGGCAUUCUGGAGCACGACCCGUUCUUCUGCCCUCCCACCGAGGCCACAGCCCGAGACUUCCUGACCGAUGCACUGAUCACCCUCCUGGUGCCCCUGCUGGUGGCUCUGUUGCUUACCCUGCUGCUGGCCUAUGUCAUGUGCUGCCGGCGGGAAGGACGGCUGAAGAGAGAUCAAGCCACCUCUGACAUCCAGAUGGUCCACCACUGCACCAUUCGAGGGAACACAGAGGAGCUGCGACAGAUGGCAGCUAGCCGAGACGUACCCCGGCCACUCUCCACCCUGCCUAUGUUCAACGUGCGCACCGGUGAGCGGCUGCCCCCCCAGGUGGACAGCGCCCAGGUGCCCCUCAUCCUGGACCAGCACUGAGGGGCCUGCACAGAUUGAUCUAAACCCAGAACUCAGCCCCCUUCCAGAACACCCGCUCACACCAGGCCUCUGCAUGUGUCAGAGUUUUCCGAAGACCUGAGGAACGAGAAGGGUUUGCCUCACAGCAGUGAAGUCAUCUCACACUUGAAUAUGUGAUCUCCUUGUUCUAAAAUGUGCUUUGGUCCCCACCCCACCCCAUCUUCCUUUUCCUCCACUGUUUUAUGCAGAGAAAAUCCCGCUCUCUCCAGCACCCAAGUGCACAAACUCACCUUCCUCCCAGCCUUGCCAUGUGCAUCUUCUGCAAAGCGUUGGACUCUCUGUGUAUGUAAGGGCCUGAUUACCCUCCGAAACAAGGGCCAUCCUUCUUCCCGGGUCUUGUCUCCUGGUCCGUGGACAUUUCUCAGACCAGGAAAUGGAUGCAGCGACAGAGCUGCUCAGCAUCACUGGGGUCCCAGCAUCCCUGGACUUCAGGAUGGUGGCCUCCUCCAGCACGCAGCUCCUCCUCCUUUCCCCUCACUCCUCCCUGCUCUAUCUGUCCCUUCAUCCUCAUCACACAGACCCUCUGGUGCCCUCUGUCCUGCCUACAUGCACAUACGGCCCAAAUGCCUAGACACACGCAUUCUCACAGCUCAGAGAGCAUCUCUCCGGCUGCGGGGAGUGUGUGUGUGUGUGUGUGUGUGUGUGUGUAAGCUGUCUCCAUGUGCAAGAUCCUGCUCACCCUAAACACCCACUCGUGUGCAGGGCCCCUCUGAACACAGACGUGUUUGCUCCUGGGUGGGUGCGUAGUCACAGGACGACUGAGGCGGACCCACCUCACUCACCACACAGCCUCCCACACUCGUGGCCUUGUCUCUGAGAGCCCCAUGUUCUCACACGCCCCCACUGCAUGCCCCCCCGCCUGAGGCUCCCUCACUCCAGCUAGAAACUCCUCUCAACCUCACCCAGCUCUGUCUAGAGGGCUUGGAGGCACCUGGGAAGUUGAGGGUUAAGAAGCUGGAAAAAAAAAGAGAGAAAAGCCACCAUAUUUCGGUUCUAGAAAAUCCUACCAGGAGGUGGGCAACUGCCACAAGAGACCCAGGCUUCUGAGAAAGCAGCAAAAGUAAAAAAACAAUUCCAAA